AUGCCUCAAGUUGCCUCGUUGAUGGCCGAUGAGCAAAGCAGCACCACCGUCACCGAGGCUGGCGACACCCGGCCGAGACGGAGACGGGUUUACCACCGAAAGGUCAGAACAGGAUGUAUUACUUGCAAGAUCCGCAAAUUGCGCUGCGACGAGCAGAAACCAGCCUGCCACCGUUGCCUCUCAUCUAGACACAAAUGUGACGGUUAUGCAACGCCAUCGUCACUGGCACCUUCAUCGCCCUCUUCAUCCAGUACUCCGACAAGAGGCUCAUCAUUCCCUCACGCAACGGCCAAUCCGAAGCUCGUACUCCCUCGAAGAAAUCUCGACGAAGUUCGCAGCUAUCGCUACUUCUUGGAGGUCACAGCCCCCGCAAUCGCCGGUGUCUUUGAUGUUGAGUUCUGGCUGGGUGAUAUUCCCAGGGUCUGCCAUGUGGAUCCAGCCAUCUGGCACGCCACCGUCAGUCUUGGAUCUGUCUACGAGUCCCGUAGCUCUCUUGGCCUCCGGGACAAAGUUCACGAGUCGACCCGGAAUGUCUUUGCAUUGCAGCAGUUCAAUUCCUCCAUUCGGUGUCUGACUGAAUCGACCUCGCCUCGUCAUGCCGAUAAGUGGAGAGCUCUCACUGUCAGUACUAUUUAUACCUGUAUCUGCAGCAUUCAGGGUUUGUAUGAGCAAGGCCGCAUUCAUCUCAAGGCGGGAUGCAAUCUUCUCCGUGAAAUCCAGGAUGAGGAGAUGAAGAAUCGAAGAUGGUCGCCGCAGUCCGCACCUCAGGGACAGUCUCAGCGCAGUCGUGUCCAGGGAGAGGCCCAAACACUAUCAUCCGUUCCAAUUUCCAUCACUCCCAUACGGUCUAUUCUGAUCAACUUCCAAAUGCAGCUAAAUGCAAUGGAUCAUGGCGGCAUAGCGGACAACCCUACACUCAUCGCACAGAACGACAGCUAUAACGUAUGGCGCGUCUACACGGCGCCCGGUCUCACGCCGAGAUUCUGCCAGUAUUUGACUCCCGAAAACCUUUUACAUGCUAAUCGUGCUGCCGAAUCUCUCAUGAACGGAAUGAUCUUCUUUUCGCAGCAGCAUGCAAACGAGUUUGGAGAGCUUUUCGCCGGUAAACGCAGCCCACACACACUGACUGCUCUAGCGGCGCGACAAGAACCCCACACACGAUGCUUUAAGGAGCUCGAUAGCGCAAUCCAGACUUUCAGGAGGGAGCUGGGAUCGUCUCCGACCGAGAAAUCUGGUACCGCUCCUCGAACCAAAGCGCGACCGAGCAAGGCAUUCCUCUCUCUCUGCUUGUUCCACGCCACCAACCGCGUCCUCCUCCUCCAAGACCCGGAUGAACCCGACCUAUCCGUGCGAUACCAAACCUUGCCGGCACAGUACUCUGCCAUUCUCGAUCUUGCCGAGCAGAUUCUCGAUCUCAAUGAAACUUCAAACGCAGAAGGAGAUGGGAAGGCGUCCUUCACUCCGAGCCCGUCAACCUUACAGCCCCUUUUCCUCGUUGCACAUAGCGGCUUCCCGCAAGCGGUUCGACGACGUGCCGCGAAGCUACUCCGGCGUCUCCCACGAGAGGGUCUGUGGGAUAGUACGAUGUCUGCGAGUCUUGUGGAUGCGAUUAUGGCCAGGGAGCAGGCCGCGGUGCGAGAGCAUCGCCAGCAACGAGCCAGCGAGAGAGCCGGUCCGACCUUGAAGGAGCUGGUGAGUCGAGAGGAGGAGAAUGAUGAGGAGGUUCACAUCCUGUUUCGCAUAUUCAAUGUGACCAUUUCUUUCGCGGGUAGAAGGGAAGCAGUCGUCGUUUUGCGAACUUGGCAAGAAUUGAUUGAUAAGAUUCCCGGCCAGAGGACUGUAUUAAGUUGGUAA